AUGUCUGGACUUCCUCCUGUCUACAUCGUCUCUGCUGCGAGAACGCCGGUCGGCUCGUUCCUUGGCUCUCUGUCAAGUCUGAACGCCACUCAGCUCGGCUCUUGUGCCAUCAAAGGCGCUGUCGAGCGGGCUGGCAUCAAACCCGAGGAUGUUGACGAGGUCUAUUUGGGCAACGUCUUGUCUGCCGGUCUCGGCCAGAGCCCGGCCCGCCAGGCUGCUCUCGGCGCCGGCCUCCUCCAGUCGACCGUCUGCACGACAGUAAAUAAAGUCUGCGCCUCGUCCCUGAAGGCCAUCAUGCUUGGCGCACAAGACAUCAUGCUCGGCACCGCCUCCGUCGUCGUCGCCGCCGGUGCCGAGUCCAUGUCCAACACGCCACACUACCUCCCCAAUCUCCGCACCGGCGCCAAGUACGGUGAUCAGACUCUCGUCGACGGCGUCCUCAAGGACGGCCUCACCUGCGCCUUGAAGAAGGAGCACAUGGGUCUCGCCGGUGAGCUCUGUGCCUUUGAGCACCAAUUUUCUCGCGAGGCCCAGGAUGAGUAUGCCAUCAACUCCUACAAGAAGGCCCAAGCCGCUACCGAGGCCGGCCUCUUCAAGGAGAUUGUCCCUGUCGAGGUCAGCGGCGGUCGCGGCAAGCCUGCCAUCAAGGUCGACCGCGACGAGGAGGUCAAGAACCUGAACGUCGACAAGCUCAAGGCCAUGCGCCCGGCCUUCAAGCCUGACGGUUCCAUCACCGCUCCCAACGCCGCCCCCAUCAACGACGGUGCCGCCGCCGUCGUCCUCAUGUCCGAAGCCAAGGUCAAGGCGCUUGGCAUCAAGCCCAUGGCCAAGAUUCUCGGCUGGGCCGAUGCUGAGCGGGAGCCAGAGCGAUUCACCGUCGCCCCAGCUCUCGCCAUUCCCAAGGCCAUCAAACACGCCGGUCUCACCGACAAGGACGUUGACUUUUACGAGAUCAACGAGGCCUUUUCCGUCGUCGCCCUCGCCAACAUGAAGAUUCUUGGCCUCGAUGCGGAGAAGGUGAAUGUCUACGGCGGUUCCGUUGCCAUCGGUCACCCUCUGGGUUGCUCCGGCGCCCGCAUCGUCACCACCCUCACCUCCGUCCUGAAGGAGAAGAAGGCCAAGAUUGGUUGCGCUGGCAUCUGCAACGGUGGCGGCGGCGCCUCUGCCCUUGUCAUCGAGAAUCUGCAAUGA